CUUGGGCAAGGCGGUGUUGACAUUGAGCGUCUGCGCAUGCGCAUCCGAAACUCCUCGCUCGCUCUGUCCCUUUUUCUGCCCCGCCCGUGCCUUUCCACGCAUCCUAAAGAUCUAUCUUCACCCCGAGGCAGGUGAGAAGACAGCAGAAUGAGGAGGGUAAGCUUGAGUCCACAGGAGCUCUCGAAGAACAACGUGGUCCAGUUCCUGAGGCAACCUCGGACCAUUGCUAGGAUCCUAGCUGGGCUCUUCUCGCUGAUCAUAUUUGCCUCCUUGGUGACCGACGGCUACCAGAACGUGACAACUUCAUCCCAGCUGCGCUGCGUGCUGAAUGACAAUUGGGUGGCCUGCAGCUAUGCCAUCACAGCCGGGGUCCUGGCCUUCCUGCAAUCCUUCCUCUUCCUGGCCUUGGACGCUUAUGACAUCAUCAUUAGCCACAAGGUCAGAUCUGUUAUCCUGAGUCUGGACCUGACCUUCUCCAUCAUCUGGUCGUGCAUAUGGUUCGUUGGCUUCUGUUUCCUGGCCAAUCAAUGGAACAGGUCUGCUCACCACUACCUGCUGGGAAGCAGCUCAGCCAGCGCCAGCAUUGCCUUUGCUUUCUUCUCCAUCCCCUGCUGGGUGUACCUGGGCUACCGAGCCCUGAGGGGCCUGUGGGCUGAGCGCCCCAUUUCCUACAAACAGUCCUUGGACGAAGGCACUGUGGCCAUGACCACACUCUCUUCUGUCACCACCACCUCCAUCCCCAACAGCAUGGAGUAUCAUAGCCCCAUCGAAGGCAGAAGAGCCAGCUCCACUCCCACCGAAGGCAGAAGAGCCAGCUCCACCCCCUUCCCACAGACUCCUAUGGAAAACCGGCUCACUUUCCUGAAUGACAAUUAGAGAUCUAUUUUUUCACUCUGCAGUAAAUAAAGAGAGGCUUUUGCUUUCUCAACCAGAACCUGAGUGGCUUAAUUCAAAUCAUAAGGCAAGAGGGAAGGAGACUUGAGACACAGAGAAGCAGUGUUGAGAUGAAAGCCAACAAUCAUGGGUGUCAAACUCAUUUGAUGCAAAGGGACGAAUUCCAUGUAGUUAUGGCCCUAAAUACAGAGCUCCAUUCCCCCGCCACCGUGCUGAUCCCAAUUGGAAGUUUGCAAAGAUCGAGGAUAGAAUGUGUCUAAAUUAGUUACUGUUCUUUGUCACGUUUGGUGACAAUAAAGUGAGAA